AUGCUUUCCAAGGUUGUACUGUUGGGCAGCGUCGCCGGCUUGGUGGCCGCUCAGUUUCCCCCACCUCUGACUGGCGUCAAGACCCUGAAAUCUAAAUUUCACGAAAAUCCUGGCCUCUGCGAGACCACACCUGGGGUCAAGUCGUACGCCGGCCAUGUCCACCUCCCCGCCAGCCUCUUGCAGGAUAUCCACGGCAUCGAGCACGACUACGACACCAACACCUUCUUUUGGUUCUUCGAGGCUCGUCAUGACCCUGCCAACGCGCCUCUCGCCAUCUGGCUCAACGGCGGCCCUGGCGCGUCCUCGAUGAUGGGCCUACUCCAAGAGAACGGUCCCUGCUUCGUCAACGACGACUCGGCCACAGUGUCGCCCAACCCGUGGAGCUGGAACAACCACGUCAACAUGCUCUACAUUGACGAGCCCAACCAGGUCGGCUUUUCCUACGACACGCCCACCAACUUUACCAUUGUCGUUGGCCCCGACGGCGAGCUCGUGCAAACGGCCACCGACUUUGAUCAGGUCAAUCUGCCGCCGCUCAACAGCACCACGCGUGUCGGCACCCUGUCCAGCGACGACGGGCGGCACACGGUCAACACGACGGCGCAGGCGGCGCACGCGCUCUGGCACUUUGCCCAGGCCUUUUUCUGGGAGUUUCCCCACUACAAGCCGAAUGACGACCGGGUGAGCCUCUGGGCCGAGAGCUACGGCGGCCACUACGGACCCGGCUUCGCGCGCUUCUUCCAGCAGCAGAACGAAAAGAUCCUCAACGGCACGCUCGACGACGAGACGGCGCACUACCUGCACCUGGACACGCUGGGCAUCAUCAACGGCGUCAUCGAUGCCGUGCACCGCGAAGAGGCCGGCAUUAUCUUUCCCUUUAACAAUACCUACGGCAUCCAGGCGUACACGCAAGAGUACUACGACGAACUCAUGCUCAACUUCACCAGACCCGGCGGCUGUCGCGACCAGAUGCUGCACUGCCAAGACGUCCUCGACGACCGCGACCGCGUCACACUCCAAGACGAGCGCGACGGCGGCUGGAAAGCCAUCUGCGGAAUUGAAGAGUCUUGCACCUCGCCGGGCGAGGAUGCGUUCAGCACCGUUGACCACGCGCGCUUCGACAUUACGCACCGCAAACAGGACCCCUUUCCGCCGCCACACAUUCACGGGUUUCUCGCGCGCGCCGACGUGCUCGGCGCGCUCGGCGUGCCCGUCAACUUCACGGCCUCGUCGUCGGCCGUCUCGAGCAACUUUGGCAGCUCGGCCGACCACCUCAAGGGCGGCUUCGUCGACGCGCUCGGCUACCUGCUCGACGCGGGCGUCAAGGUGCACCUGAUGUACGGCGACCGCGACUUUGCCUGCAACUGGAUCGGCGGUGAAAUGUCGUCGCUCGCGGUCCGACACGCCCGCAGCGACGGGUUUGCGGCGGCCGGGUACGCGCCGCUGGUCUCGGCGGACGGCGUCGGCGGCCUGACCCGCCAGCAUGGCAACUUCUCGUUUACCCGCGUCUUCCAGUCCGGCCACAUGAUCCCCUCGUACCAACCCGUGCACGCGUACGAGAUCUUCAUGCGCGCCACAUUCAACAAGGACAUUGCGACGGGCCGGACGGACGUGACGGCGGAGCUCGCGACAGAGGGCCCCAGCCACACCUGGGGACACAGGACGAAGCGGUACCCGGCGCCGGCGCCGCGAUGCUACGUGCUGGAGCCGAGUUCGUGCACCCAGGAGCAGUGGGACAAGGUGUAUGCGGGAGCGCUGGUCAAGGAUUACUUCCUCGUCGAGGAGGAAGAGUUUGAGUCGAUGGAGCUGUAG